UAGACUUCAUUAAUUUGACACUGUUUUACAACAAAUCUCUUCUAGUGUGCCGGUCAAACAAAAGUCCCUGGGUGUGUCUGACGUGCUCCAGUGUCCACUGCGGCAGAUAUGUGAAUGGCCAUGCAAAAAAGCAUUACGAGGACGCACAGAUCCCUACGACCAACCAUAAGAAAACAGAAAAGCAAGAGAAAGUUCAGCACACUGUGUGUAUGGAUUGCAGUAGUUACAGUACAUACUGUUACCGCUGUGAUGACUUUGUAGUCAAUGAUACCAAGCUGGGCCUGGUACAGAAGGUCAGAGAGCACCUACAGAACUUGGAAAAUUCAGCCUUUACAUCAGACAGACAUAGGAAAAGAAAACUAUUGGAAAAUUCAUCUCUGAACAGCAAGUUAUUAAAAGUAAAUGGAAGCAGCAGUGCCCUGUGUGCCACCGGCCUGCGGAACCUGGGGAACACGUGUUUCAUGAACGCCAUCCUGCAGUCCCUCAGUAACAUUCAGCAGUUCUGCUGUUACUUCAAAGAGCUGCCUGCCGUGGAGCUGCGGAACGGGAAGACAGCAGGCAGGAGGACCUACCACACCCGGAGCCAGGGGGACAACAACGUUUCACUGGUAGAAGAAUUCAGAAAGACACUCUGUGCUUUAUGGCAAGGAAGCCAAACUGCAUUUAGUCCAGAGUCUUUAUUUUACGUUGUGUGGAAAAUCAUGCCAAACUUUAGGGGGUACCAGCAGCAGGAUGCCCACGAGUUCAUGCGUUACCUCCUGGACCACCUACACCUGGAGCUCCAGGGAGGCUUCAACGGCGUCUCACGCUCGGUGCUGCUGCAGGAGAACUCCAGCCUGUCUGCAAGCAACAAGUGCUGCAUAAACGGAGCCUCGACAGUGGUCACAGCCAUUUUUGGAGGAAUUCUGCAGAAUGAAGUGAACUGCCUCAUCUGUGGCACGGAAUCGAGGAAGUUUGACCCAUUCCUAGACCUCUCACUAGAUAUUCCCAGUCAGUUCAGGAAUAAACGUGGCAAGAGCCAAGACAGUGGACCAAUGUGCACCCUCCGAGAUUGCCUUCGCAGUUUUACAGACCUGGAAGAACUUGAUGAGACAGAGCUGUAUAUGUGUCACAAAUGCAAAAAGAAACAGAAGUCCACAAAAAAAUUUUGGAUUCAGAAACUACCAAAGGUGCUUUGCUUACACUUGAAACGCUUCCACUGGACAGCAUAUCUGAGGAACAAGGUGGAUACCUAUGUCGAGUUUCCCUUACGAGGUCUAGACAUGAAAUGCUACUUGUUAGAGCCUGAAAACAGUGGCCCUGAAAGUUGUCUGUAUGACCUCGUGGCUGUGGUUGUGCAUCACGGCUCAGGUGUGGGCUCCGGUCACUACACGGCGUACGCGGCGCACGAGGGACGCUGGUUCCACUUCAACGACAGCACUGUGACUCUGACCGAUGAGGACACCGUGGGGAAGGCCAAGGCCUACAUCCUCUUCUAUGUGGAACAGCAAGCCAAAGCUGGAGCAGAUAAACUCUAA